UUUUUUUUUCUUUUAUCCCUUUUUCUUCAUUUGGAACCUCAUGUCAGACUUGAAAGUAAAACUUGAAACUUUCAGUUCUUCUAUGGAAGAUGUUAUUGAUAAAGUGGGUCAACCUGUAAAACCAUUUAUUCCUGCGAUUGCCCGGUUUCUCAUUGUCGCUACCUUUUUGGAAGAUGCUCUUCGUAUUACAAUGCAAUGGUCAGACCAACUGGACUUUAUGGAAUUAAGGCGAGGGUUCCCUACUGGACUUAGUCAUCUAUUUUUAUUCCUCAAUAUUAUUGUUAUGUUUACUGGUUCAUUUAUGGUGAUUGUCAAGAAACAUCAAGAAUUAGCAGUGUAUGGACUUUUGGGUGUGGUAAUCUCACAGGCAUUGGGAUAUGGAUUACUCUUCAAUAUGUCGUUUUUAUUACGAAAUCUGUCAGUGAUGGGUGGAUUAGUGAUGGUAUUAUCAGAUUCUAUUGUACGACGAAGACGAAUGUUUGCAGCCCUUCCUCAGAUAUCAGAAAACAGUCGACGUACCUAUUUACAAUUGGGUGGCCGCAUUCUAUUGAUCUUUCUAUUUGUAGGAUCCGCGUUUCAUGGUGAUUGGUCAUUUGCUCGUGUGUUGGUGUCGCUUCUGGGUUUGAUCGCCUGUGUGAUGGUUGCUGUAGGAUUCAAAGCAAAGUAUUCCGCUUUAUUCCUGGUAUUGAUAUUAUCUGUGUCCAAUGUAUUGAUCAACAACUUUUGGUCUGUCACUCACAAUCCAUUCCGAAGGGACUUUUUGAAAUAUGAUUUUUUCCAGACCUUGUCUACCGUUGGUGGCUUUUUGCUUUUGGUUAGUGUUGGCCCUGGUGGUUACUCUAUUGAUGAAAAGAAGAAAGAAUAUUAAUUCGUAUAAUGAUUAUUCCACCAUUGAUUUAUUAUAUAAUCCUUUUUUUUUACGUGUUUUAAUAAAGAAAACAAUAUCUUGUCUAUAUCUG